GGAUCAAUCAUCCUCCAUGCAUUGACUUUUUUUUCACUUAGAUCGGGGCAAAAAAGUAUGCAACUUUAGUUAGGGUUUGAAAUUCGAUAAAUCGAGCGAUGCGGUGGGAUUUGAUCACGGCGAUUGUGGCUGCGCUGGUGGUGUCCGGUUUGGCGGAUGAAUCGGGUCAAAGGGCACCGUAUCGGAUCCACACGCUGUUCUCGGUGGAGUGCCAGAACUACUUCGAUUGGCAGACGGUUGGUUUGAUGCACAGCUUCUUGAAAUCCGGACAACCCGGUCCGAUUACCCGGUUAUUGAGCUGUACCGAUGAUCAGAAGAAGAAUUACAGAGGCAUGAAUCUCGCUCCCACUUUCGAAGUUCCCUCUUGGAGCAGACAUCCUAAGACCGGUGACUGGUACCCAGCAAUAAACAAACCAGUUGGAGUUCUUUACUGGCUUCAACACAGUGAAGAUGCCAAGCAUGUGGAUUGGGUCGUUAUUCUUGAUGCUGACAUGAUCAUUCGAGGUCCUAUCAUCCCUUGGCAACUCGGUGCUGAAAGGGGAAGACCCUUUGCCGCCCAUUACGGCUACUUGGUGGGCUGCGAUAACCUCCUUGUGCGGUUGCACACAAAGCAUCCUGAACUCUGUGACAAAGUUGGCGGUCUUCUCGCUAUGCAUAUCGACGAUCUUCGGGUCCUGGCCCCUCUCUGGCUGUCAAAGACCGAAGAUGUUCGCCAAGAUACAGCUCACUGGUCCACCAAUCUUACCGGAGAUAUUUACGGCAAAGGUUGGAUCAGUGAGAUGUAUGGUUACUCCUUCGGUGCUGCAGAAGCAGGACUUAAGCACAAGAUUAACGACGACUUGAUGAUAUAUCCUGGGUAUGUUCCACGAGAAGGUGUUGAGCCUAUUCUUAUGCAUUACGGUUUACCUUUUUCCAUUGGGAACUGGUCAUUCACUAAACUGGACCACCACGAAGACAAUAUAGUCUACGACUGCAAUCGUCUCUUCCCCGAGCCUCCAUAUCCAAGAGAGGUGAAAAUAAUGGAACCUGAUCCGUAUAAACGAAGAGGUCUAAUUUUGAGUCUAGAAUGCAUGAAUACAUUGAACGAGGGACUCAUACUGCGUCACGCAGAAAAUGGAUGUCCGAAACCAAAGUGGACCAAAUACUUGAGCUUUCUGAAGAGCAAAACUUUCAUGGAGUUAACAAAGCCUAAACUGCUUGCACCAGGAAGUGUACAUAUCCUGCCAGACCAACACGAGCCGCCACCCAUUAAUGAAUUCAAAGGAACUUAUCCAAAGAUUCACACACUGUUUUCUACUGAGUGUACAACUUAUUUCGAUUGGCAAACAGUCGGCUUCAUGCACAGUUUCCGCCAGAGCGGCCAACCUGGAAAUAUCACUCGGCUUCUCAGUUGCACAGAUGAAGCUCUUAAAGACUAUAAAGGUCAUGACUUGGCCCCGACGCAUUAUGUUCCUUCGAUGAGCAGACAUCCUCUAACAGGCGAUUGGUACCCGGCAAUUAACAAACCAGCAGCGGUUGUCCAUUGGCUUCACCACACGAACAUUGAUGCAGAGUAUGUAGUGAUUCUUGAUGCUGACAUGAUCCUCCGAGGACCCAUCACACCUUGGGAGUUUAAGGCAGCUCGAGGCCGACCAGUUUCAACUCCUUACGACUAUCUUAUUGGAUGUGAUAACGACCUUGCAAGACUUCACACGCGUAAUCCCGAGGCUUGUGAUAAAGUUGGUGGAGUCAUUAUAAUGCACAUAGAGGAUCUCCGGAAAUUCGCAAUGUACUGGUUGCUUAAAACCCAGGAGGUUCGAGCAGACAAAGAACAUUAUGGGAAGGAGUUCACUGGGGAUAUAUAUGAAUCCGGUUGGAUCAGCGAAAUGUACGGUUAUUCAUUUGGUGCUGCAGAGCUAAAUUUGCGGCAUAUCAUAAACAAAGAAAUUUUAAUUUAUCCCGGGUAUGUUCCUGAACCUGGUGCUGACUAUCGAGUUUUCCACUACGGUCUUGAGUUCAAAGUCGGAAAUUGGAGCUUUGACAAGGCGAAUUGGAGGAACACUGAUUUGAUCAACAAAUGCUGGGCAAAGUUUCCAGACCCCCCUAGUCCUUCGGCAGUGCAUCAAACAGACAAUGAUCUACGGCAAAGAGACCUUCUGAGCAUUGAAUGUGGACAGAAGCUGAACGAAGCUCUGUUUCUGCAUCACAAGAGAAGGAAUUGCCCUGAACCUGGAUCUGAAUCGACUGAGAAGAUGUCGGUUUCGAGAAAAGUUGGUAACAUUGAAACGAAACAAACCCAAGGAAGCGAUGAUACAAAAGAGUCAAGUGGUUCGUCCGAGUCUGAAGGGAGAUUCAGCACGUUGAAAUUAUGGGUGAUUGCGCUGUGGUUGAUAUCUGGUGUAGGGUUCUUGGUAGUGAUGCUUUUGGUGUUCUCGACUCGUAGAGGCAGAGGAACAACAAGAGGGAAAGGUUACAGAAACAAGAGACGAACUUCAUCUUGUACCAAAAGAAUGGGAGAAUCUGCUUGUCUCAUGCAGCCUUUCUCAUAUGCAGCUCCACAGGGAGAUUCUCUUGGUGCUUUAGGACAGUCUGUGUCCUUCGGGAGAUUCAUGUCGGAGAAACUUGACUGGGAAAAAUGGUCUGCUUUCUCCACACACAACCCUUAUGUGGCCGAGGCUGAGAGAUACUCAAAGCCCGGAUCUGUCGCUCAGAAGAAAGCUUUCUUUGAAGCUCACUACAAGAAACUCGCUGCUGCAAGAAAAGCUGCUGCUGAAGAGGCCCUCUUGCUUCAGCAGCAAAUCCCUAAACCCCAACCAGUCCAAGAAGAAGAUUUCAAUGGAGGAGGAAAUAAAGAUUGGCUGGUCUCGAUACCGGAUCUUGAGACUUCAAGAGGAUCUUUAGAUGAUUCUGCUGAAAUGAAAUUACUAGCAGGAGAAGAAGGCGUAUUUAGAGGUAAUAGACAAUCUGAUGAGAAAGAGAACUGUGGGUUGGCUGAGUCAGAGAUCAAUGCCAAAGUUUCUUCUACAGGUGGAGAACAUGUGGAUGAGGAGAAGCCUAUUCUAAUGAAGAAAUCCAAAGAUUCACAACAAUCAAAGAGCAGUACUAAAUCAAGAGUCUCUAAGUACAAUUCAUCGGAGAGGACUCCAAGUCAAAAGUCUAGCAACAAGAGCAGCUCUUACACUUUCACACCUGCAAAAGAGUUCAAUAGAUUGGUGUCCAUCAUAAGGAAGAUUGAUGGGUCAAGAGCUUCUUCUAAACCAACCAAAGACUGCAAAACUCCUCUCCGGACACCAUCAUCAAACAAGGUGUCUGCAAAGGGAAUUGCUGAUGACUCUUUGUCCACACCUUUAUCUAGUAACAGAAGGUCGAGGAAGAUGGAAUUUCCUCCCUGCAGAAAGCUAGAGGAGAAAUUCAAAGCAAUGGAGCCACAGAACCAGAAGGCAGAGGAAAGGAGUGUGGAGAAGGAAGAGAGUAAACUACGGCAAAGGCUAUGCUUCAAAGCGAAGCCACUUCCAAAUUUCUACAAACAGAGACCAAAAUCAACAGACCAAACUAAGAAAGCUCUGUUACAGUAGCAGAGAGGUGUUAAAGAAACUCCCCAUCAUCCAUCAUCUUUCAGAGAGAUAUUGCGCGGACUUAGCGCCUGUGGCUGUGGGGAGAACUAUCAAAACCUGUUUGCCUCAAAAAAGGAUUAGUCUGGAAUUGUUGACAUAUUUGGUUUCAUUCAAAGAAGAAAUGUUGAAUUUUACUAGAUUGCAUUGUAUGAAUGAAUAUUUGUAAACUUG